AUGUAGUAAUAAGGAUAAUAAAUGGAAGGUGAACAAUAGUAAAGUAUUUGUGAAGACUAUUAUAUUAUUAAAACACUUGGUGUAGGAAAAUAUGGCAAGUAGGAACUUUAAAAUUAUAGAAUAGGGUUAAAUUGGGGCAGAAAGCAUAAAACCUUGCUGCUUUGAAAUUUUUCAAGUUUGAGAAUGAAUAAUAAUAAUAAAAUCAAAUACAAUAACUACUAAGAGAGACCUAAAUAUUAUAAAAGCUUAAUCAUCCAAACAUUAUCAAAUUAAUAAAGUAUAGUGAGUAACUUAAAUAUACUGUAUAAUUAUUGUCUAAAUUAGCAAAAAAAUGGUACAAUUACUUAUAAAAUGGGUUUGAUCUUNUAAAUUUUUGAAGAAAAUGAUAGAAUAACAAAAAUUCAUAAAAAUAAAUAUAAAGUAAUAAUAAAAUUUUUAUUAAAUUUAGCUUGAUGUUGAUAUUCUAGAUGAAGAAAGUGAUGUGAAAUAUAAAAUUUAGAUAGAAUUAUGUGAUAUUGGAGAUGAAAUGUUGAGAGUUGAUGUUCUUAAUUUUGGAUAUGACCCAAUAGAUUUCAAUUAAACUCUUGAUCUUCUUAGAUAAAAGAUAUAAGAAUAAUAAUCUUGA